UUACUCAAGAUCUCAUGUGGGAAGUUGAAAAAAAAUGGCCGACAGGAGGCGAAGGCCUCAUUCAGAAGCCGAAAGUGAUGAAGAGAGUACAGAAACGGGAAGUACCCAGAGUCCUCGUAAACCUCGACAGUCAGAAUGUGAAAGUGAAGGUGAAACUAAAGAAGCUGACCUAGAUGUAUCAGAUUAUGAGAGUGCUAAUGAAGACAAUGGAGAGGAAGAGGAAGAAGAAGAUGAUGAAGAAGAAGAGGAAUCAGAAGAAGAGGAAGAUGACGACGAAGAAGAAGAAGGAGAAGAAUAUGAAGAUGAAGAUGUUAUCAUAGAAGACUAUGAUGAAGUGGGUGAGGAAAGACAAAGUGGAGAUGGAGAGGAGCAACCCGACAAAUCGAAAUUAGAUGAUGAUGAAGACAGAAAGAAUCCAGCUUUCAUUCCACGGCAGGGUGCUUUUUACGAACAUGAUCUCAGACUAGGAGAAGAUGGUCAAGAGGGUCUUGAAGAAGAUAAGCGUCCGACAGGUCCAAGAAAGAAGUUAUGGCAGGAUGAAGGACGAUGGAACCAUGAUAAGUAUGCAGACUACAUGCAAGCACCUAAGUCCAGAGAAGAACUUAUCACUAUGUACGGAUAUGAUAUCCGUCUGGCAGACAAACCUCCAGAUGCUCCACCCCGUAGAGGAGGAGGGGGAGGGCCCAGGAGACCAAGAAUGGAUGAGAAGCCAAAGAUUAGUGACUUUAUUCAGGAAUCCUCUAGGGAUGACAGUUAUUUAGUAGAAAGAAAAAAUGACUAUAAUAGAAACAGGGAUCGAUACUUCAGAGGCAAAUCUGAAGAAUAUCGUCAACAGGAUGAAGAACGAGGUCCUCCACCAAGUCGUUCAUAUGAAAAUCAGAAUACCGGUAACAAUAAUGAAAAACAUCAGCCUCCAAAAUAUGACGAGUGGAAUAGUCGCUACGAAGAAAAUCAGUCAUAUAGAUAUAGAUCUCGUGGUGAUUCAAACAAAGAUUCUGGCAGAGGAUACGGCAGAAAUUCAGAUUCAGGUCGAGGUUACAAUAGGAAUAGAGACUCAAAUAGAGGCUAUGAAAGGGAAUCAUAUCAGGAUUCUAAUCGUGGUUAUGACAGGCCACCACGUAGGGAAUAUGAUAAUCGGGGUUAUGACAGGCCACCUCGUAGGGAAUAUGAUAACAGGGGUCAAAGGUAUGAUAAUCGUGAUAAUCGUGACUAUCGUAGUGACCGUGGGAACUAUGAAUACCAAAGAGGAGGGAGAUAUAAUGGUAGAGGUUAUAGAAAUGAUCCACCUAGGAGGGAGUUUACCUAUUCUAGAGGUCAGAGAGGUGGAAGGUCAAGACCUGAUCGCGGCAGAGGGGUUGCCCCAAGAAGAAAUUUUGAACAAGAAAGGAAAAUCCCUCCACGUUUUCUCAAGAAGAAAGAACAAAGAUUGCAACAACAGUUACAAAAUAAUUAUAAUACUGGAGAAUACAUUGAUCAUGAACAGAAUUAUUAUAAUGACAAUGUUGUUGAAGGAUAUCAGCUUGUAGAGGGUGAUAUAGAAGGCCAACAUGUUGUUAUUCAAACAGAAACUUAUACACCAGCAGGUGGGCAAGAAGAUGUUCAACAACAACCUCAAGAAGAAAAGGCAGAAGAGAAAAAUGAAAACGUCAUUGUGCAGUCAAGUACCAGUGAACGCAAGUCGUAUUCAAAAGAUCGACGUGCAAGAACUGUUGGGAAGACGCGAGUGCAGGAUUCGGCUUUGAAUGCUGUGCAGGAAGGAAUGGUUAAUCUUCAGCUUCAAGAGAGUCAGAAAAGUUCUAAAGCUGGGGAGGCACAAGAUAGAGGUGAACAGAAAUCUAAACGAUCAUCUCAGGGUCCAGCCGAUAAUUACCAAGCAUCCUCUAAACAAGAUGGUGGAAGGUCAAAACGUUACUCAUCACAAAGACAAAGAAAUCCAGAGCAAGCUUCACCUGAUACUGCUCAGUUCUUUCCUUCAGAGGUUCCAAAAGGUUUCCAAAAACAAGAAGUAGUAGGUCCUCCAUUUCAACAGCCCAUCCUAAGACCACCCAUUAAUUAUCCAAUUCCUGUGUCAACUAAUGCUUUACCAAAUGGUCCUCCACAGAGGUUAUUUAGACCUCCACCAGUAUCAAUGACUGGACCAGUGCCCAUUAUACCAACACAGUUUAUCAACACUGGAGUAAUCUAUGGAGCACCACCAGGUCAAGGACCAUAUCCAGUUGCUCCUAUUCAGGGAUUCCCAUCACCACCUCCUGUAUCUACAGCUCCUCCACCUCCCAUACCAGGUGUAUCUUCUCCAAAUCAGCUUCAAGAAGUCUAUCGACACGGAACAACAUACUAUGCUCCUGAGCUGCAAUAUCCUCAGAUUAAAACGUUUUCUCCGGUAAAACGAACAAAAUCAGCUAUACCAAUAGUCAAUCCUGAGGAAGUUACUGGUAAUGUUUAUGUGGAGGAUGUUGAAGGAGAAAGAGAUUUAGCUGAGGAUCAGUUUCAGGUAGAUAACAGAGAUGCCAUGCUUCAAGAAACAAUUGAUAGAGAAUUUGGAUUUGAGGAUCAAACUGAGGCUCCAUCAUUGUAUGAAGGAAAAUCUGUUACUGAACCUGUUUCAGACGAAACAUUAUUGACAAAAACAGAUGGACAGACUUUAGAGACAAUAGAACACACUGAUAGUGAUUUAGACUCUUUAUCGUCAAGGUUAACAACAGACAUCAGUAAUUAUACAAUAGCGUUCAGUACAGAGCAGGAAGUCAUAGAUAAGGAAGAUGAUCAAGAUGAUGAAAGGAACUCUCCUGUUAUGGAAGUUAAGAAUAGUCUGUCUGUUGUUGAGAGCGUUCCAAUUGUAGAACAAGAGGACAGUCUACCAGUUGAUAGGAUAUCUCCUGCCAUUGAAAAAGGAGAUAACCAAGGUGAUGAAAGAAACUCUCCUGUUUUGGAAGUUAAGAAAGGCCUGUCUGUUGUUGAGAGCUCUCCAGUUGUGGAACAAGCUGACAGUCUAACAGUUGAUGAUACAUCUCCUGCCUUAGAAGAUAAGAAUAGUCUGUCUGUUGUUGAGAGCUCUACAGUUGUGAAACAAGAUGACAGUCUGUCAGUUGACAGGACAUCUCCUGCCAUAGAAGAGAAGAAUGGUGAGAGCUCUCCUGUCAUGGAGGAAAAGAACAGUGUGUUAGCUGAUAAAAGCUCUCCUGUUCCUGAAGAUACAAAAGAUACUUCACAAGAAGCAGCUGAUGCCUCAAGCUCACCAGAAAUUUCAGUUACAUAGUCUUUCAUAAUUAUUGUUAAGUGUUUUUGCAAUUUUGUUUAUGUAUAGUAUGUGAGAUAUCAUGUUGGUAGAUUGUGUUAAAGUUACAAGCAUUAUUCUUUUCUGCAAUUUAAAGCUUGUUUUGAAAUUAUAUGAAUGAUAAGAAAAGGCACAGUCAUCUUUGAGCAUAGCAUUUUCAUUAUCAUAUAUAAAUAUUGUCCAUUUUAUUAGUUAAAUCUGUAAUUAUGUAUAAACUGAUGAGAGUUCUUUUUUAAGUUAAAACAUUUUAAAUUCCUGCAUAUACUUUUGUCUCCUUUUUUUAAAUAGCUUUAAUCAUGUUAAUAUUAAAAUUAUUGGAUAUUGAUUUAUUUUUUCUCUCUCUUUCUUCUUGACUUCUACAUGUUCUAUCUGUGAAUGAUGAAUUUCUUGUUUUACUUGAAAACCAGAAAGCUAGUUACAUAUAUUUGUAUACUUUUCAACCUCAAAUAUUGACCUCUUGGUUGAAUUGUUAAUCACAAGGUUAAUUUAUAUGAAAAUAUCCAAUUUUUGUGCUACCAAAAAUAUUACCUUAUCUAUAUUUGGCGUAUUAUUUCAGAAUUCCUCAAUGCUCUUCAAUAUCAUAUUUACAUGUACUUUUGCUUUUUAAAUUUUUUUUUUUUAAGUGUAACUGAUGAGUCUUUUGUAGACAAAAUGCAUGUCUGGCAUACAAAUAAUCUCAUCAUAGAUACCAGGAUUAAAAUUGUGUAAGCCAGACAUGUGUCAUGUCUACUAAAGAUUUAUCAGUGAUGCUAGAAUCAAAAAAAUUAAACAGCCCAAAUAAAGUACAAACUUAAAGAGCAUUGAGGACCCAAAAUUCCAAAAGGUUUUGCCAAAUAUAUCUAUGAUAAUCUAUUCCUGAGGUAGGAAAUCCUUUAGUUUUUUCGAAGAAAAAAAAAUCAUAUAGUUUUGUAAAUUACAAAAUUAUAAGCCUAGUAUUUUUGAUGAGUUUUUUUUGAUCAAUUGAAUUUUGAAGUAACAGUGUCAAAAACUAAAAAUCAGCAGCAAUUUUUGACUGUUGUAUGUUUUGGUAUUAACUGCAUUGUGCCUUUCCCAAGUCAGGAACUUGAUCAAACAUGUUGUUCAGUAGUUGUAAUUGAUAAGAAGAUCUUUGUUAAGCUGUGUACAAUUUAUUGUCAUCUUGUCUAGACUUUCAAUGAAUUAGAGUUUGACAUCUUGUUUUAUAGAUACAACCAUGCACUUGUCAGCUGUUAGUGAGGAGUGUGAUUUGACCUUAUGAAUUGUUGGGUUGCUCAUUGAUAUGUAUACCUCAUAUCUCCAUUUAAACAGAAUGAAAGUCCUAAAUUGAAUUCAAGAUAAAAUAAUUAUACUUUUGGUUGUUUUUAUUAGUUCACACAUGUCAAAGUAUUUCAAAUGAAUUCUUUAUCUUCUUUCAUUUUGUAUGCCUUCAAACCAGGUUCUCAGCAGUUUGAUAAAUUUUUAUAAUCACUAUUUACAAUUAUAUCAUUAGAGAAACAGAAUCUACCACUUAACCCUGUUGAACACAAUAUUUAUCCAUUGUUUAUAAUUGAAUUUUUUAAAUUUCAAAAUGCUCGGUAAACCUCACAUUUUAAAGUUGGAAAAGUUGGGAAAUCCUGAGUGGAUAAAUAUGGUAAUAAACAAGGUGAAGUGUUAGAAGCUAUGAUUAUCUAGUUAGAUGUUCCUUGGAUGAAGCAACAAUUUUUAUAUCAAUUUCUGUUUUUGUUUAAUUUUUGAAUUUUGGUUAAAAGAAAGUUUAUUAAUUUUCAAUUUACAUGUAGAACUCAUUCAUGUCACAUAACGACAUAAAGUAAAAAAAAUCAUUUUUUUCUUCACACACGACUUAAGAGUAAAUAUAUUGGUGCCAGUGUUUCAAUUUCUUUUUACUGCAUAUUCAUUACACUUUAAAAGCUGGAAGCCAGACAAUACUGUGGACUCAUUAUUAUUUGUAGGGUAACAAUUAUUGUGAGUAUAAGUAAACCACUAAUUUACAUACUCAAAGAAAUUUAAAUUUCCUAAAAGCUUUUACACAACAGAAUAUGUGAAACCAAAACAUGAAAUCAAGAGUCAACGAAAUUUCUCUCAAAUUUUUCCUGAAUCCACGAAUAUUAACAUCCACAAAAAUAAAUAAAUCCACUGUAUUUUUAUCUUUUUUUUUUAUAAUAUUAAGUUAAAUAUGAUGUAGGUUUCUCAAUUUUUGUUUAUUUUUUGCCAUCAUUUUUUUUUUAUUUUUCCAAUUGUAGGAGUACUUGGUUAAAACUUUUAUUUAGCAUGAAGACACUGUAUUUAUUCAAAUAAAAAAAAGUAUUUCAGCACUUAAGUUUAUUUGAUUAGCAAGCAUAUCCUAUCUCACUAUAGUACUGUAAGUUCAGAAAUUAUUGCAAUUAUUUCUGAAUUUACAGUAUAUAAAUAUAAGAAAAAUUAGGGCAGCUUAGUUCAUUGUUGUUAUGCAUUAUGAUAUGCGGAUAAAAUGAUUAGCAUAAACAAAUUAUUGGCACAAAGAAAUUUUCUUUGAAAAACACACUUAUUUCAUGUACUGUAAAUUCAAAAUUUGUGUGCACAUUUAUUAUUGUGAUUGUUGAUCAAUGGACAGAAAUGCUAGAUUGUUUAUUGACAGAAAUGCUAGAUUGUUUAUUUCCGUUGCAGGAAAUGAUGCAUGCAGUUAAUGCUAAUGAAUUUUAAAAUGUGAAAUAUAUUUGUUGCAAUUUUUGCAUUAAUUAGAACAUUGCAAAAAAUUCUGAAUUUACAGCAAAUAUAAAAUUUAGUUGUAUAGUGAUUUUUUUUUUUAAUUCGAUAUGUGUUUAUUUUUAUGAAUAGAGUAUGAUAACUAA